AUGUGUCAUUCACACAGCUCUGCCCACACUGCAACUAUUCAAGACAGUGGCAGAGUCAGCCUGUUGUAGGAAGUACCCCCGUCGGCAACCUACACCUGUCAGCGGCAACAUAUUUUACCGGUUCAUCCUUCAUCCAACUGGAAAAGAUAUGCAAGGCCAUGAAUCUUCAGAUUUUCCAGUAUGACACCUUCAGGAGGCAUGCUAGGAGUUUUCUGGAGCCAGCCAUAAUCCACAAAUGGAAGACGGAUCAGCAACAUCUUUUUCAAAAGUUACAACAUGGAGGAAAGAUUGGAGUCAGUGGAGAUAUGCGAGUUGACUCCCCAGGGCACUCAGCAAAGUAUGGGAGCUACACACUCAUGCACCUAGACAGUAACCGCAUUAUUGACCUUCAGCUUGUUCAGAGCAAUGAAGUAGGUGGUAGUUACCACAUGAAGAAGGAGGGCCUUAAACGCUGCCUGGAUCUACUGGAUUCAAACGGUUUGGUGGUGGACUACAUUGUCACCGACCGUCAUCCACAGAUCCAGAAGUAUCUGAGGGAGCGCAGCAUCACCCACUUCUAUGAUGUGUGGCACUUUGAGAAAGGUUUGUCAAAGAAACUUGACAAAGUUGCGCAAAACAAGGACUGCGGGGUGUUGAAGAAGUGGCUGCGUAGCAUCAAAAGCCAUGUCUACUGGAGUGCAACAUCGUCAACAUCAGGGCCAGAGAAGGUAGCCAAGUGGAUGUCGAUUGUCAACCACAUCCAGAACGUGCACUUGCAUGAAAACCCUCUUUUCCCUAAGUGCCAACAUCCUGAUCGAAUGUCAAGGGAUCCAAGUAAAUGGUUUCAACCAGGGUCAAUGGCGCUCUACAAAGUGGAAAAAAUCCUGCUCAAUAAGAGAGUUGUCAAAGAUGUGGAGAAGUUGAGCCACCACUACCAAACAUCAUCCCUGGAGGCUUUCCACAGUUUGAUCCUUCGCUUCACACCCAAGAAUGUGGUUUUCCCUUUCAUGGGCAUGCUUUGCAGGUUGUACCUUGCAGCCAUGCACUACAAUGAAAAUGCAGACCGCGAGCAAGCCACAACAUCUGCAGGACAACCAGUAUUCAAGGUUGUGUUUCCCAAGUCCAGGAAGGGGGAGGUGACUGCGAGGCCAGUAAAAACAGAUCCUACAUACAAAUAUGUGGAAGAACUUAUGAGGCUGGUUUUCGAGGAGGUGUUUGACGACCCAACGCCAUUUGUUGAGGUGCUGAAACUGAUCCCCAUCCCCAAGGACCUGGCAUUGGAACAUGAGAGACCCUCAAAGGAGGAAGUGAUUGCCCGCCAUCUGUCCCGCUUUGUUCAAGGGACAGUCGGAACCGCACAUACUAUGCACCCGGAUCAAGAAACUGCAGGCGUAUCCGGCGUACAACGCACGACGGGAUUACCACCCUAA